AACGAUGCAUUUUUCCAACUGCAGUAAGACAGUUGCGUUAGCGUCUGUUCGAUGGAAAUUCUGGCGUGAGGAGCUAACAUGUAAAUAGGGACGUGAAUAUAGCAAGUGGCAGGAAAAAAAGACAAAUGAGAUCAGCCCGUCUUGAACAAAAGUUCCGUGAUUACAGCUAUCACUACGCUAUAUAAUCCUAUUUACACCCGAAAUCAACAGGUGGCUCCGUGGCGCAAUGGACAGCGCAUUGGACUUCUAGGCUUUCGUAGUGAUUCAAAGGUUGUGGGUUCGAGUCCCACCGGAGUCGUAUUUUUUUUUUUUUUUUUGCACCAACGCUUAUUUUUUAGUAAUUAGCACAUUCUCACUACGACGUAACCUAUCAAACUUUUUUUUAAAAAUACAACGCUACAUAAUGAUUACCUUCUUCGAGUUUUGUGUUAUCAAACCUUAAGAAUACAAAGCUAAAUAAUGAUUACCUUCGUCGCAUUUUGUAUUCUAUGUUUAGAAUUAAUUAUUUGUAGUUCUAAUUUAAUGGCCUGUAAAAUCGAGGCAUGGCGAUUUGCGACACGAGGCGCAUAUAUAUCAGCGAGAUUUUAACGUUUGAGAACCUUCAGGAGCAGGACACCCAAAACGUACCAAUGUUUAUUCUUACCAGUAGAUGGCGUACAUGCAAAUGUAGGACAAUGCUGCAGUGAGUUAUACCGCUGAACUCAAGGUAGACAAGGUCAGAGAACAACACAGCAGGUCGGGAGACGACGAACAUAAUGGGGAGGCUGAUAAAAUCCGUGUAUUUUCUUUUUCACAUGGCAGUGUCAGUGGCGGCACCUGUGCCAUGUGAACAGAUUGUGGUCCGCCUGCAGGCAGAGAUUGAGGAGCUGACAAAUGUGAUCAAUGAACAGCACAGAUACAUCCAGGUGCUCCACAGCCACCAGGCUCAGCAGCUAGAGCACAUUCCCAACUCACAUCUGGGAGCCCAAAACCCCUACAGAGACUGCUCCGAGGUGUUUGCUGAUGGAAACGUCGCGAGUGGCUUGUAUGCGAUUCGCCCCGAUGGCUUACCCACAGCGCUCAGCGUCUACUGUGACAUGAACAAUGGAGGAGGAUGGACAGUUUUUCAGAGAAGGAGGGAUGGCAAAGAGAACUUUGAUAGAGCGUGGGUGGAGUACAAGCAUGGGUUUGGGGACCUACAUUCCCCUGAUGGAGAAUUCUGGAUGGGCAAUGAUGCUCUACAUCAUCUCACCUCACAAGGGGACUACGACCUGCGCAUUGACAUGGAAGAUUUUGAUGGUAAAGAAAGCUUUGCAGAGUACAAGAAAUUUAAAGUGGACAGCGAAACAGACUUGUACCGAUUGCAUUUGGGGGAGUACAAGGGGAAUGCAGGAGACGCCCUGGCUGACCUGCACACCACCAAGCACCCAUCUCCAGGCAGCAGUUCGGCCGGAGUCAAAUUCAGCACUUAUGACAAGAAGCCCGGUGGAGCUGGCAAGUGCAUCAGGCACAGCAAGUCAGGCUGGUGGUUCAGCAGGUGCGAUUCAGGGAACCUUAACGGUCAUUACUACAAAGGACCAUACCAAGCGAUGACCACUGAUGGCAUGGUGUGGUACACAUGGCACGGGUGGUGGUACUCCAUCAAAUCAGUGGUGAUGAUGGUACGAGCUGCUGACCUUAAGCAGCCGGAGGUCAAGGCACCGAGACAACUGGACCCGAAGAAAGCGUCAGCUGAUCUCUCUCACUACCCACCUGGCCAAUAGGCUGAAAAGCAAGUCUAACUUUGCCGUUACAAAAGCAGACUGUAUUUUGUAUGAUGUAGUCUGUGCUUCUGUUGUUUCAUUUUUGGUAUUACAGCACCACUGUAGUUGGAUUGCAACAAUUAAAACGUGACUAAAAUCGAAUGUCAUACUGUAUUUAUCCUGUUUUCAAAAUAAAAGAGACCAUACUGUA